ACCAGAUACAACCCAAACAAACGGAACACGCUUUUGGUUUGGAUGUCUCUGUCAGUAGUGACGUGACAGCUUUCAAUGAGCAACUGUCAAUCGCCGCGUGGUCCUUGUUCCUUCUUUCCGUUCUCCUCUUAGCAGAAAAAUGGCCACCACAAUCUCAAAAAAGCGAAAAUUCGUCGGAGACGGUGUCUUCAAAGCCGAAUUGAACGAAUUCUUAACCAGAGAAUUGUCCGAAGAUGGUUAUUCUGGGGUUGAAGUACGUGUUACCCCAACACGUACUGAAAUCAUCAUCAUGGCCACCAGAACCGACCGUGUAUUGGGUGAAAAAAACCGCAGGAUCAGAGAAUUGACCUCCGUAGUCCAAAAACGUUUCAACUUCCCUGAAAACUCUGUAGUGCUUUACGGAGAAAAAGUAGCCAACAGGGGCUUGUGCGCCAUCGCUCAGGCUGAAUCUUUAAGAUUCAAACUGAUCGGAGGUUUGGCUGUCAGGAGGGCCUGCUAUGGUGUACUCAGGUACAUCAUGGAAUGUGGUGCCAAAGGUUGCGAAGUAGUAGUCUCUGGAAAACUGAGAGGUCAAAGAGCUAAAUCCAUGAAGUUCGUUGACGGACUUAUGAUCCACUCUGGAGACCCAUGCAAUGACUACGUUGAUACUGCUACCAGGCACGUACUUCUCAGACAAGGAGUAUUGGGUAUUAAGGUCAAAAUUAUGUUGCCUUAUGAUGCUACAGGCAAAAUGGGACCCAAGAAACCAUUGCCAGACAAUGUAUCUGUUGUGGAACCCAAGGAGGAAAUUAUUCCUACCAUUCCCAGCUCAGAAAUCAAAGCUGAAGUUUUAGCUAUAUAAUUUGUUUAAUAAAAAAAACUAAUUAAGAAUGCCUUUGUUGUUUUUUUUUUGUAUUGUUACUUAAAACUUAAUUAUGGAUUUGUGUAGCGAGUCUUGUAGGAUUGAAAUGCUUUAUUUU